AACUGUGCUCUGUUUGCAGGAGAUGAACAGAAGGUGGCGCACAGGCUGCUUAGCUUCUGGAGGCACAAACUGAUGAGUCGAGCCUGCUUGGAUUGAAAGCUGCUGUGUACACUCACACGGAUUUAACACCUACUACAGCAUAGCAUGAAACUGUCUGAACUGCUUUCCCUGUAAGGAGAGGACUUCUUAAGCUCUCAAGCAGAAAUAUUAAAUCGCCAGGCUUAACCUGAGGAGACAAGGAUAACUGUCAAAGCGCUGUAUCCAGAUCACAAAGAGGAGAACUAUAAUGGAAGCAAAUGUAAAACAUUCUCCCAGGUGUUAAUUGCCUUUUUGUGUGCAAUGUCUGGCUCAAGACAGGAUGAAUCCAAAAUCCACUCAGCCAUAAAAUUACAUACAGCAUAAACUAAAAUGUAAGGCUUAAAAAUUAAUCUGAUAAAUGCUUUGUACUAGGUACAACUGCAACAGAUCUCAUUUAAUAUGGAAGAAAAUACAAAUUCACUCAACUACAUAUAUGCAAAUGGUACUAUGCUUGAUUCCAAUGAUUCAAUUAUCUGCAACCAAAGUGAACCAAACAGCUUAUCCAAAGACAAUGACCAGUAUUACCUGAUCAGUCUGUUUCUUUCAUGCUUGUAUACAAUUCUUCUGUUCCCCAUUGGCUUUAUAGGCAACAUUUUGAUUUUGGUUGUAAAUUUGAACCACAGAGACAAAAUGACAAUUCCUGACCUUUAUUUUGUGAAUCUGGCUGCAGCAGACCUCAUUUUGGUGGCCGAUUCUCUGAUUGAAGUCUUUAACCUUAGUGAGAAGUACUAUGACAUUGCUAUUCUUUGCACUUUCAUGUCUUUGUUUCUUCAAAUCAAUAUGUACAGCAGCAUUUUCUUUCUUACCUGGAUGAGUUUUGACAGGUAUGUUGCUCUUGCAAAUAGCAUCAAUAUUAGCCCACUUAGGACUAUGCAACAAGCCAGACUCAGCUGUGGUCUGAUAUGGAUGGCUUCCAUAAUUGCAACACUGCUGCCUUUUACUAUUGUGCAAGCCCAGCAUACAGGAGAAGUUCACUUUUGCUUUGCUAAUGUCACAGAAAUUCAGUGGCUUGAAGUGACACUGGGAUUUCUUGCACCAUUUUCAAUUAUUGGACUGUGCUAUUCCUUAAUUGUAAGGAUACUAAUGAAAGCACAAAAACACAAGGGCCUUUGGCCAAGGAGACAAAAAGCACUUCGUAUGAUUGUGGUGGUAGUCCUGGUGUUCUUCAUCUGCUGGCUUCCAGAAAAUGUCUUUAUCAGCAUUCAGAUUUUACAAAGAACGAAAGAGUCUGCACAUCCAAGCAAGGACACACUAAUGCAUAACUACCCGCUUGCUGGCCACAUUGUAAAUCUGGCAGCUUUUUCAAACAGUUGCCUUAACCCAAUUAUUUACAGCUUUUUAGGAGAAACCUUCAGAGACAAACUACGACUGUUCAUUAAAGGAAAAGCAAGUUCAUCAACAGUCUAUCGGUUCUGUUAUCACACGUUGGAUUUACAGAUACCUGUUAAGAUCACUGUUUCUGAAGUUUAAGAGUUUGGACAUUGCCAGAAGAAUUUUAGAUAUAUUAGAAUUCAUCUAGAUGACUAAUCGCAAGAAAAUAAUUAACAAGCAUUUCUAGAUAAUUGAAAACCAGAAGCGGUUCAACAAAAUGCAGAAGUCUUACAACUUGUUCAUAGAAUAUAGGCAUUCCAGAUUGUUACAAGAAUUAACCUAUUGAAGGUUCUGCUAAGGAAAAUGCUUGACAUCAUUUGUCACAAGUAAAAACCAACAGAGAGCAAUUAAUUUCAUCAUUUUGCUUUUGGAUCACUGUGAAUGAAUUAAUCAAUUGUUGUUAAUAAUUCAUCACGAGAAAGUACUCUUUUAUGUAAAGAUACAUAUUCAUGUUUGCUUGACUUGCUGCAACCAUAACAUUUCAUCCAUAAGUGUCAUGGAGAACUUUUUACACCCAAACUGAUGCUAAUCAAAAUAAUUGUCAUUCAUUUAAUUUAAAUACAAUGCAGCCUGGUUGACAUUCAUGCUUCUGUAAGUUUUUUGUGCUUAAUUUGCUCUUAACUGUACACCACAUAUUUAGAGGGCUCAAUGAUGAUUUGUAAUGAAUUCACACAAAAACCAAACAACAACAAAACUUAGGUAAUAGUACACUGCUAAUACUGAGACACUGUGAGCCUGAACUUGCAUUUAUUUAACUACAACACCUGAAUUUUGCCUCUUCCUGGUGCCUCCAAUAUCCUGGCUAGCACUGAUGUGAGCACAGUAUUGGUCCCUCUUGCUUCUUUACUGUGUGUGUUUUGUUUUUUUUAAGUGCUACACAUUUUUGUUUAUGGUUUACCAUUUCAAAUGGAACCUACAUAUCCAGGAGACUAAAUAUGUUUUUGUACAGAGAACUAUCAUGAGCUACUAUUAAACUAAAAAACUUCAAAGGAUUCCUGGAGACUGAAUAUGAUUCCCUUU